UCUUACUGCUUCUUUCUGCUUCCGUAGGUCAGGGCUGGUCGGGUCCGGAACCCACAGCUCCUUUUUCACUGUCUGCCUGCGGCCGGGAAUCGGGCUGUGUAGAUGAAAGCUGUUCUACUUCACUUUCUAGUUGGAGCAUGAAUUCAGUUUUUAGUCUUUUAAUAGGAAAGUGAGGUUGGAGAUUUUUAUUUUUAAUUUGGGGCAGAAGUAGGUUGACUCUUGGGCCCUAAAGAGGAUUUAACUUAAUGCUGCUCCCGUGUUUAAAGGAGGACAGAAAAAGUCCCAUCUGGCAAAAUUUCCGUAACCUGUUCAUUAGAAAACAUCAGGUAUCUUUGAAAUCGCGGUAGUUUUCGUUGUUUGUCAAGCUUUCUUCAGGUGAAGUUCCCUGGGUAGCUGGGUUUUAGGUGUGAAACAGAUGCAGAAUUCUAAAGCAGCGCAGAAAACAGCCACCGAUUUUGCUAUGCCUCUGAACUGCGAGAUAAUCAGACAGCUAAAUGGAAUCUGAGCAGCUGUUCCAUAGAGGCUACUAUAGAAACAGCUACAACAGUAUAACAAGUGCAAGUAGUGAUGAGGAACUUUUAGAUGGAGCAGGUGUUAUUAUGGACUUUCAGACUUCUGAAGAUGACAAUUUAUUAGAUGGUGACACAGCAGUUGGAACUCAUUAUACAAUGACAAAUGGUGGCAGCAUUAACAGUUCUACACACUUACUGGAUCUUUUGGAUGAACCGAUCCCAGGUGUUGGUACUUACGAUGAUUUCCAUACUAUUGAUUGGGUGCGAGAGAAAUGUAAAGACAGAGAAAGGCAUAGACGGAUCAACAGCAAAAAGAAAGAAUCAGCAUGGGAAAUGACGAAAAGUUUAUAUGAUGCAUGGUCAGGAUGGCUAGUAGUAACACUAACUGGAUUGGCAUCAGGCGCGUUGGCUGGAUUAAUAGAUAUUGCUGCUGAUUGGAUGACUGACCUAAAGGAGGGCAUUUGCCUUAGUGCCUUAUGGUACAAUCAUGAACAGUGUUGUUGGGGAUCCAAUGAAACAACAUUUGAAGAGAGGGAUAAAUGUCCGCAAUGGAAAACAUGGGCAGAAUUAAUCAUAGGUCAAGCAGAGGGUCCUGGUUCUUACAUCAUGAACUACAUAAUGUACAUUUUCUGGGCCUUGAGUUUUGCCUUUCUUGCAGUUUCCUUAGUAAAGGUAUUUGCUCCAUAUGCCUGUGGCUCUGGAAUUCCAGAGAUUAAAACUAUUUUGAGUGGAUUCAUCAUCAGAGGUUACCUGGGAAAAUGGACUUUAAUGAUUAAAACCAUUACAUUAGUACUGGCCGUGGCAUCAGGUUUGAGUUUAGGAAAAGAAGGUCCCCUGGUACAUGUUGCCUGUUGCUGUGGAAAUAUAUUUUCCUACCUCUUUCCAAAGUAUAGCACAAAUGAAGCUAAGAAAAGAGAGGUGCUGUCAGCUGCCUCAGCUGCAGGUGUUUCUGUAGCUUUUGGUGCACCAAUUGGAGGAGUUCUUUUUAGCCUGGAGGAGGUUAGCUAUUAUUUUCCUCUCAAAACAUUAUGGAGAUCAUUUUUUGCUGCUUUAGUGGCUGCGUUUGUUUUGAGAUCCAUCAAUCCAUUUGGUAACAGCCGCCUGGUCCUUUUUUAUGUGGAGUAUCAUACACCAUGGUACCUUUUUGAACUGUUUCCUUUUAUUCUACUAGGGGUAUUUGGAGGGCUAUGGGGAGCCUUUUUCAUUAGGGCAAAUAUUGCCUGGUGUCGUCGACGCAAAUCCACCAAAUUUGGAAAGUAUCCUGUCCUUGAAGUCAUUAUCGUUGCAGCCAUUACUGCUGUGAUAGCUUUUCCCAAUCCAUACACUAGGCUCAACACCAGUGAACUGAUUAAAGAGCUAUUUACAGACUGUGGUCCUCUGGAAUCCUCUUCUCUUUGUGACUACAGAAAUGACAUGAAUGCCAGUAAAAUUGUUGAUGAUAUUCCUGAUCGUCCAGCAGGCAUUGGAGUAUAUUCAGCUAUAUGGCAACUGUGCUUAGCACUCAUAUUUAAAAUCAUAAUGACAGUAUUCACUUUUGGUAUCAAGGUUCCAUCAGGCUUGUUCAUCCCUAGUAUGGCCAUUGGAGCCAUCGCAGGAAGGAUUGUGGGUAUUGCAGUGGAGCAGCUUGCAUAUUAUCACCACGAUUGGUUUAUCUUUAAGGAGUGGUGUGAGGUUGGGGCUGAUUGCAUUACACCCGGACUUUAUGCCAUGGUUGGUGCUGCUGCAUGCUUAGGUGGUGUGACCAGGAUGACUGUCUCCCUGGUGGUUAUUGUUUUUGAGCUUACUGGAGGACUGGAAUAUAUUGUCCCCCUUAUGGCUGCAGUAAUGACCAGUAAAUGGGUUGGAGAUGCCUUUGGUAGGGAAGGCAUUUAUGAAGCACACAUCCGAUUAAAUGGAUACCCUUUCUUGGAUGCAAAAGAGGAGUUCACUCAUACCACACUGGCUGCUGAUGUCAUGAGACCUCGAAGAAAUGAUCCGCCCUUAGCUGUGCUGACACAAGACAAUAUGACAGUGGAUGAUAUAGAAAACAUGAUUAAUGAAACCAGCUACAAUGGCUUUCCUGUCAUAAUGUCAAAAGAAUCGCAGAGAUUAGUGGGAUUUGCCCUCAGAAGAGAUCUGACAAUUGCAAUAGAGAGUGCCAGGAAAAAGCAAGAAGGUAUUGUUGGCAGUUCUCGGGUGUGUUUUGCACAGCACACUCCGUCUCUUCCAGCAGAAAGUCCUCGGCCAUUGAAGCUUCGAAGCAUUCUUGACAUGAGCCCUUUUACAGUGACAGACCACACCCCAAUGGAGAUUGUGGUGGAUAUUUUCCGAAAGCUGGGUCUGAGGCAGUGCCUUGUAACUCACAAUGGGAUUGUCUUGGGAAUCAUCACAAAGAAGAACAUAUUAGAGCAUCUCGAGCAACUAAAGCAGCACGUCGAACCCUUGGCGCCUCCUUGGCAUUAUAACAAAAAAAGAUAUCCUCCGUCAUAUGGCCCAGACGGCAAACCAAGACCCCGCUUCAAUAAUGUUCAACUGAAUCCCAUAGAUGAGGAGAGAGAGGAGACAGAAGAGGAAGUUCAUUUGUUGAAUAGCACAACUCUUUAACCUGAGGGAGCCGUCUACUUCCCCCCCCCCCCCAAAAAAAAAAGGAAAUAUAAAAGCACUUUUGCAACAUGGUUUGCAAACAAUGCUGGUGGAAUGGAGGGGUUGUUUGGGAAGGGAAAAGAGAGAAGGGAAGGAGGAGUGAGGUAUUUCACCACCUAAUGGAGCGCAGCAAAUCAACUCCUUUUGUUCUGCACUGGAUGCAUUCAGCAGAGGACUUGCCGUGAUAGUGCAGACUUGAGCAGUAAUGGAGAUGACACCGAGUUCUUGAGCACCUAGGCUUUUACUCCAACAUGGCAAAGACGUGUUUUCAGUCCCUGUUUCUGGAGGGAUUACUCUGGAUUGAGCCAUCUAUAAGACUGCAAGGUCUUGCCCUUUUUUAUCAAAACUGUUCUGUUUAAUUCAUGAAUUGUAUAGUUGAGCAUAACCUUUCUACAUUCCAGAAGAGCUUUCAUUUCUCUCUCUCCUGAGCUGUAACAAAGCCUCUUUAAAUUGGUGUAGUCUUUUGAAGCAGUCCUUUCUCAUAUUGAGAUGUACUGUGAUUUUACUGAGGUUUCAUCACAAGAAGGGAAUGUUUCUUGUGCCAUUAUCCAUUUAGUUUGUACCAUCACUAAAUGUUUGGAGCAGUGCACAUGCACCAUAACAAAGGCUGACCAAACAGGUAAAAUCUCAUAUGAAGCGUGAGUGAAAUCUCUCAGCUUGUGUACUGUGGUUCAAAACCAACAACAAUGAAACUUGACUUUUAAGUUUUUGGGUUUUUUUCCUCUCAGACUUUAUGGAUAAUGUGACCUGGUCUUAUGCAAAUUUUCUAUUUCUAAAACUACUAGGAUAUACAAGUAAUGUUUAGCAUAAGGAAACAAAAUGCUGCUGCUUUGACAGUAAAGAGAAGGAAGUAUUCUGUUUAGCUAUAUCUGGUAUUAAUUGCAUGUUAAAACACUGGAAUUUUUUUUUCUUGAAAUUAGAUCAGUUUUUUUCUUUCCUCAAGGUAUUUCAUUGCUGACACUGCAGAAGAAAUGUAAUUCAUAACUUGCACUAAAUGUAUAUUUCUUUUCUUAAAAAUUUACCAUUCUUAUUUAUAUUUUUAUGGAUUAAAAUUUAUAAAAUACAGAUCAGUUAAUAUUGCACUUAAAUAAUUUUACCUUUUUAAUGUGAUUUUUAUAGACUAAUUCAGACUUACAAAUAAGGAGAUAUGAACAAAGUUUACAAUGGGAAUGGGUUUAGAAAGAGGUUGUGGUUAUUUCUCUAUGAUCCAAUGUGUUCAUAAGCUUUUUUCUCUUCUUUCACUGCUAUGCCCUCAAUUAUCUCAUCUAACCUGUACAUUUAUAUUUGGAAAGUUGAAACACUACAAAUCACUUUGCAUAAAUAAAACCAAAAUUUUAAGAAACAAACACAUGAAAACCAUAGAAUUACAAAGGUAGCAGUUAAAAUUUUACUCUAAACGUAACUUUUGAAUCUUUGGGUAGGUUGUAUCCAUACUUAAAGUGCUCAGUUAUGAUUUGAAUAUCCACAGUGCACAUUUUUGCAGGAGGAGUUGAAAAUACAUUGGGGUGUGUUUGGGAUUUUCGUUUUCAGAAAUGUCUGUCUGAAUCAUUUUCUUAAUUAGUUCACUAUUGGCAAAGGCAGUUUAUAUUCAAAGGACUGACCUAAAUAUUCUGUGGCUAUGAUUCUUUGAUAGGAAAAUGAAUUUUUGCAGACAGACGUUUUCUGAAACACAAGUAGCAAUUAACUUUUUACAUUUUGGAGGUGAUUCUUUACUUCCUACUUCUUAAUAAUAAUAUACCUGUAAGAGCUGUAAGAUCAUGAAAACUAACAAGAUCAUGAAGCCAUAUUAAAAUGACAAUUGAAAGUUGAGCAAAAUUUUAGAAAUUUCAUGAAACAUCUUAACCAUGCUAUCUGCCUAAAAUUAGUAUUUCAUCCUAGUUACUUCACCCCGUUGACAGACUUCAGGUUUGUUUAAUAGGCCCUUCAAAGUUCUUUUGGCCAUCCAGAAUCAAAUUAUUUCUAAAUGAUAGUUCUGUAUAUCUCCAAAAUGUUUUAAAUGUUUGCAGUGUGCUAGGCACUGCUGGAGUAUGAACUCCUCCUCGGCAUGGCUAUUGGAUAAUUUAAUUGUCUUAAGUUACAAGCCUUCAAAGGAGAAACCAGUUUCCUUGCAGAUAGCUUCAUACAUUAACUAAACUUCACAUGUAUUUUAUCUUCAUUUCCCCUUUUGAUUUCAGGCCCUACCUUCACUUCAUAUCCUGCUUUCGAGACUGACACUUCAGGGUGGCUAUUUAAGCAUUAAUUUUUCUUUCUUGGUAUAUUUCCUUUCCUGAUGUGUCUUACUGCUGAAAUACAGAAAAAGUGCCGUAUAUUUUAAUGCAUUCAGUUGUUUUCUUUGGUAUUAUUAUCUGUUCCUCUUUUCUUUUUGAUAUGUUGAGGUGUGUCUGCUCUUCAACCAAACGAUGAAAUAGUGGAGAUCAUGAAAUACAUGUGCCUGGAUAAUUGGCAAAUUAACUGACCAACAUGAUAAGUGUAGCGCCUUAUUUGAGUACCCUUUUUGAGAAGGUAUGGUGAGAAUGGGCAAGGGUGUCAGCAUCUCUUCUUCUUAAUAAUUGUUUUCAGUUUUGGUUCAUGAAGAAUGCUUAGUUUGUUAAUCUGUGAUGUUGCCUAGAGCUGUGUUUAUCUGUUUUUAUUUAUACUAGUGUAGUAAAGCUGCAUAUCAUUACAGUAAAAUGAUUACUGUGAUGAGUUAAUCAGAAAAUCUAUUAAAAUCUAUAUGACAAUA